AACUCCCUCUGGAGCAGAACGCGCUCCAUUGAAAUGCUCAAUUUUACCCCUUGAGAGAAAAUCAAGACAGAACAGAGCCAUUAUUUUCACACGCAUAUAGAAAGCGAUAUCCUGAAGACAAUAAAACUGAUGAUGUUUAAUGCAGGCACUUGACACAGCAUCAAGUUCCCUCAAAAGGGAACAUGUUGGAUACUGAUGUAACCUCCAUUCACUGAUGGAGGGAACGAGAUGUGGUGUUGAAAUGCUGACACUAGGGGUUGCACUUGGAAACCCCAAACACCUCUGAUACUUCAGAAAAGGCCAAUGAAAAUUGGCUAGUGGAAAUUGCAUGCACCCUUUUCCUGGACAUACGGAUAUAAAGGAGGCAGCUUGCACCAAACUCAUUCAGAUUUGUGCCGUGGAGCUGAGAGUAUGUCCCGGCCAUUUCAGUGGGCAUUUCAAGGUAACCAAGAUGUCCCCUAUCUGUCAGUCACUUCAACGUUAAGUUGAAAUGCUGACACUAGGGAUCCCUAUGGAAAAUGCUACAACAUUGGACUGAGCUACGAGGUCGGAUGUCGGCAAACAUAGUAUGCCGGGUAACAGUACUGUGGAUCAUUACACAGCUGGCAUGCUGCUCAGCGGUGCAGGAGAUGCUCUGGGUUACAGAAAUCAGCUGUGGGAAUACAACCAAUCUGGCCCUGCCAUCCACCAGGAACUGCAAGAUCUGGGAGGACUGAAAAACAUCUCUGUGGAGCUUCCUGAUUGGCCAGUUAGUGAUGACACGGUGCUUCACUUGGCAACUGCUGAAGCUCUAGCAACAGGAAAAGCGGGUGAGGAGCUACUGCAUGAGAUUGCCUUUCACUAUGUGGAGGGAAUGAAGGACAUGGAAGGGAGGAAGCCAGGACCAUCAAGCAUUUUAGGUAUUUCACAGUUGCGACCGGGCACUGAAGGGGGUUACAAGGUGCCAUACAACCCUGAAGCCACAGGUUGUGGGGCAGCUAUGAGGUCCAUGUGCAUUGGUCUUAGAUAUCCUCAUCCUGAUCAGCUGUCCUCACUGGUUGCAGUUGCUGUGGAGACUGGAAGAAUGACCCAUCCUCAUCCAACCGGUUUCCUUGGAGCUGUGGCUUCAGCCUUGUUCACCGCCUAUGCAGUCCAGCGCAGACCAAUCACAACCUGGGGCCUGGGUUUGUUGGAGGAGGCUUGUCCAGUCGCAAAAACAUUUGUUCAGUCUGCAGGAUAUGCUGUUACUGAGACUGAGAGAAACUGGGACUACUUUACUACAAAAUGGAAAUGGUGAGAAGCCUAAUUUUAAGGCACAGUGCAUAAAUAUAUAGUUUGGUUCUGUAACAUGUUGCUAGACUGAUAUAUCAUAUCAGGCAGGCCAUAUCAUUUUGAUCACAUUUUGAUCUGCAUUUGUUUCGUUAGGUCAGUAAGCAUUUAUACAGUGACACAAUGUUUUUCUUUUCUUUUCUUUUUUUGGGAUUUGAUUUGCAGACUGUCAGAUUUAUUUUAAAGCUAUUUAUUCCAAAUUAGAGAAACAGUUCAGGAAUUAUACAACAAUUUUAUAUGCAUAUCACUUUUAAUAUUAUAUAUUGUUUCACAAGUUGUCCCAUCAUAUCACCCUGACUGUACAGUGUCUCGCUUUACCAGGGGGCUAGAGCAUAGGCAGCUAUAGGUCACUUUGAUGCACACCUGACCGUUCCGCCUCAAGUGUAGCUUCUUGAAGACAGUGCAGCUCUCUGAAGGAGAAAGAUUCUGAGGCACUGACUCUUCAGCAUCUCCAUAUAUAGCAGGAGGGCCUGCCUCCAGCACAUGCCCUUGAACAUCAUUGGCCAGUGCAGCACCAAGGCGUUAAUCAGCCAGAGUUUCUAGACCGAUACGCAUCUGUAAAAAUCUAAUUGGAAACGCAUUUUAAAUCACCUCCAAAAGUGGUUUGAAUCAGAUAUGAAAAAUUCAGAUUUACAUGUGUUUUUUUUUGACUGUCCAGACUUUCAAAACCCUGUCUGGAUAAAAAAAUGGAUAUGCAAAAAUUAGAUUUUUGCUGGCAGUCUGACUUUAGCCUUAGAGAACCUGCUUUUUUCCACCCCGGAUCUAACACGGUUAUGGUAAGGGGAGUGACAUUUUUGAAACACACUUGAAGCAGUUGAUCACAAUCACAACACACUGAUCCAGCCAACCAAUCAGAGCACAUUGUGCAUUUUGGAAGGAGGGACUUCAUCGAGACAAGAACUAAACAGGGGUGCGUUUCCCAAAACUAACCAUCAUUGCAAGUUCAGUCAUUACGAAUAGAAUUCAAUGGAACUUGCGACCAUAGUUGGCUAAAGGUGCUUUUGGGAAAUGCACCCCUGAGCAUUACUGACAGACUGGGAAAGGAGGUGCUGCAACAGUGUAUAAUAUAAUAUAUACAGUCGUGCUCAA